AUGGCUGGUUCAAUCGCUGACAACGCUUCCAUCUACAAAAAGAAGCCGUUUACGUACGUUCCUCCAUCACCUCCGGCUGGGUUAAUAGAUUCUACGUCCUACACAUUAGACUUCACCACUCGCAAAUUUGUACUUGUGGGAAUCGAUCCGACUGAUGAUUUCCAAACAGUUAUCCAUAUAUUGACUUCUUCCCGUCACGUGAAAUUGACGACAGAUUUUCUAAAACGAAUAUUCUCGCUUAUGGGUAACGUGCUAUCAUUUAUACAAGAGAUACCGAAAUCAUAUAAACGAAACAUAUUUCUCGAGACAGAGUUUUUUAAAUUGUCAAGUAUGGUGUAUGUAGGAGCAAAUGUUCUAUUAAUAGAAUCUAAACCGAGGACGGGUGUAGAGUUCUUUUGA